AUGAACGAUAUCAAAGGCCUGGGCCUUUUCGUGGAAGCCUUGAGCGCCUGCGUGAGGAACUUGAAAAUUAUGGGAGAACUAAAACAAAUUGAAACAUAUGCAUCCAUGCUCAUCAUAACAGGGAGGUUUAAAGGGAAACUGAGAGAAGACUACGUGGAUGAGUCAUAUAGACAUGAAGAACUGAACAUGGGCACCUCGUGCGAUGCUGAGUGGCUGUUAACAUUCACAAAAAACAUGCUCAGAAAGGCUGAGAAGGACGGAGAACGGAUAGAAGAUUCAAAUAUACAACGUGCAAACUCGCCAUAUAAAUCCCUACCAAAUAGGAAGACUAUGGGAUUGAUGACCUCGACGUCAAGGGUGACGAACAGAAGUCAGACACAGUGCCCACUGUGUCAGGGACACCAUCCCAUCAAUACAUGUAGGUACUUCAUUGAGAUGAAUAUAAAUAACCACCUCUCACUAAGAUUAAGACAGGUGCCACUACCAGCCAUUAUGCCACCAGACCCAUCCACAAGUGAUGCCAAUCCUGAAGCAACCAGUUCCUCACAGAAAGAAAGUACAGAUAAAUUCAACACCCUGGUGACCCUUAACAAGAACAAGAAGGAUCCUUUCAGAUGGAUCAGAGCUGGACAAACAGGAGAUGAGGAUGUGAAGGUGAGAGCUAAGAGCCAGGACCCAAGAAACUCCAUCAUUACGGGCACCCUCUUAGAUUCAGGUAGUGAUAGAUCUUAUUGUACGCGUGGUCUAGUAGAUCGCCUACAAGCCAAAGGGGAGCCAGUACAGCUAACUAUUGGCACAAUUAUGUGUGAAGAUACACAGCUAAACAUUGAACAACUUGAUUUAAUGGUGACCAGCACAGGAAUGAAGAGCCGAACUGUUCUUAUUCCCCAAGUUAUAGUGGUGACAGAACUCCCAUCCUCUCUGAAAGGGUCUGUUGCAAGGUCCAGUGAUAUGGAAGUGUGGUCUCACCUUCGAGACAUUGCACAGUUCCAUGAUCCAAAGGAAGUGGAACUUUUAAUAGGCUUAGAUAUACCCCAAGCCCUAGUACCACUAGAAGUAAGAUCUGGGAAGGAUGGAGAACCAUUCACAACUCGCACCCUUCUUGGUUGGACGAUUAAUGGCCCUAUAGGACUAGACGGCCAUGAUGCAACCGCAGUGAACAGUCACGUCACCACGACAACUGCAGAAAAUCAAAGAAAAUACCUGGAUCACCAAGUCAACCUUGUAUGGGAACUAAAUGCCACCAAGAAUUGUGAUGAUCCCAUCUCUGUCGAAGACAAAAGAGUCACAAAAUUAUGGUCAGAGAACGUAGUGCAAGUGGAUGGACAUUACCAACUUCCCAUCCCAUUUCGCAACAAGAACCCGGACCUUCCGGACAACAAAGACCUAGCCGAACGACGGUUGGAGAGCCUUAGAAGACGUCAUGUGAAACAUCUGGAACUCUUCGUCCGAUAUCAAGAAGAAAUGUCACGCUUACUUAGUGAAGGCCAUUCUGAGCGAGUUCCCUCUUUAUAA